UUUGCAAACGUAUUUUACAGCUGCAAUAUGAAGAAAAAUCCGUGGAAGGAGAUCAAAAUUGAGGGAUCUGUCUUGACAGAUUCAGGCAAUUUAGAAGGACUUAUUGGUAUACAAGAAUUAACUGAUUAUGAGCCUGAUGUUGUUUCUAAAGGACACAAACGCAGUAAUGGUCAAAUUCUGGGUGCUCAGUCUAAAAACAGUAAAGCAAAUGGUGAGCCUAGCAAGAAAAGAGUUAAAACUGAAAAGAAAGCUACGAAUGUAGGAAAUGGUGAGUCUAAAGUCAAAAAACUCAAGAACGAGAAGAAUGGUGAGCAUGUACUCAAAGUUUCAAAGACAUCUAGCACUAAAUCAAAUGGUGAGCUUAAAACGAAAAAGAAACAUACCACUGACACAAAUGAGGAACCUAAAAUUAAAAAGCCCAAAAUGCAAAAAAGAGCUAUGACUGAAGCAAAUGAUAAACUCAAAAUUAUUAAAUCUAAACUCGAAAAGAAAAUCAAGUCUGAGCCAAUUAACGAGCCUAAAAUUAAAAUCCUCAGAAAUGAAAAUAAACCUAAGAAAGUUUCUGUUGUAAAUGGCUUUCUAGUAGAAGAAUUACAAGAAAAAGUUACUCCAGACACUACUAUUUGUGAUAGUAAUGUAUCAGACAUAGAAGAUUCUGUUACUAAAGAUGAAUUAAUAGGUUGGAAUGGCUUAGAAUUGUCUGAUGAAAUUUUACAAGCACUUUGUGAUUUAAAGUUUGUAGCACCUACUCCUAUACAAGCACUUACAUUGCCACCAGCUAUUUUAGGUCGUAGGGAUAUUUUAGGUGCAGCAGAAACUGGAAGUGGCAAAACUUUAGCCUUUGGAAUACCUAUAAUACAUGGAAUUCUGAAAUUGAAACAGAAACUUAAUGCUGUUCUUCACAAAAAUACAUCAAGACCAUUGUAUGCUCUUAUUUUGACUCCUACCCGUGAAUUGGCUGUACAAGUUAAAAAUCAUUUAGUUGCUCUUGCUAAACAUACAGAUAUUAGAAUUGCUGUAAUUUUGGGUGGCAUGGCAGCAGUUAAGCAAGAGCGUAUUCUUAAAUAUUGUCCUGAAAUUGUAGUUGCAACUCCAGGGCGAUUGUGGGAGUUAAUACAAGAACACAAUGAGCAUUUAUCCAAAGUUGAUAGUAUAAGAUUUUUAGCUAUAGAUGAAACAGAUAGAAUGGUUGAACGCGGUCACUUCAAUGAAUUGCAGUUACUUUUGGAACGUAUUAAUGCAGAUGAAAGUCUUGCUAGAAAAAGACAAAACUUUGUCUUUUCAGCUACUCUGACUCUUGUACAUGAUUUACCAAAACAUCUAAUAUUGAAAAAGAAGAAAGGAGCUAAAAUAUUAAAUCAAACUCCAGGACAAAAACUACAACAUUUGAUACAAUUGUUAGGAAUAAAUAAUCCAAAAAUUGUUGAUGUUACUCAUGAAACAGGAAUGGCCAAGUCUUUAACUGAAUGCAGAAUUAGUUGUGCAAUGGAACAUAAAGAUUACUACUUAUAUUAUUUAUUGAAAAGACACCCAGGCAGGACUUUGGUAUUUUGCAACAGUAUAAGUUGUGUUCGACGUUUAACCCAAUUAUUUACAAUUUUACAAUGUAAUCCAUUGCCUUUGCAUGCCAGCAUGCAACAGAGACAGAGAUUGAAAAAUCUAGAAAGGUUUAGAGAUAAUGCUGAUGCUGUAUUAGUAUCCACUGAUGUUGCUGCACGUGGUUUAGACAUUCCUGAUGUACAACAUGUAAUCCAUUACCAGGUGCCCAGAAGUUCUGAAAAUUAUGUUCAUCGUUCAGGCCGAACUGCACGUGCUUCAAAACAAGGGAUAACUAUUCUAUUAAUGGAACCAGCAGAAAGUAAAAAUUAUGCUAAAUUAUGUAGAACUCUUGGCAAAGUUGAGGAUUUGCCAUUGUUUCCUAUUGAGGAUGCAAUUUUGUCAGCUAUGAAAAAACGUGUUAAUUUAGCCCGCGAGAUAGAUUCUUUAGAAUUGCAAGUGAGAAGAACUAAUGCUCAUUCUAGUUGGUUUGAAAAAAAUGCUGAAGAGAUGGAUAUAUUAUUAGAUAAACAAGAUAGUGAUGAUGAUGAUGAAAAUAGGAAAAUUACAUCUAAUAAUAAAAGGUCAUUAAAUGUGAAGAAAAAACAAUUAAGUUCUUUAUUAUCACAACCAUUGUUACCAAGGGGAUUUUCUUCAAGAUUCCCUACAUGUAAUGGAGUAGCUCGUUUCCCACAUAUUGAAGGUGAACAAAGUAAAGAAGAUGCAGUGGAAAUUAUGAAAAAGGCUAUAGAAAAUUAUAAGAAUAUUGGGAAAAAACCUGUUAAGGUGUUGAAAUUAAUAAAAGAUUAAGUACAA